CACACAAUGUCUGAUAAACCUGUCAAACUGUUUAUGUUAUUGCGCUAAUACCUGUCCUGUGGUGGUUAUUUUUGCUGCAGGAAAAUUCCAUAAUUUCCAUAAGAAGUGGAUUGCGAUAGGUCCAGUGGUAGGAUUGGUGAGCUUCCUGUUGGUGUGUGCUGCAUUGUUCUUCUAUGCGCAAAAAAGAUUUGAUAUCUCUGACAUAUUUCUGAAUAAAUCAGAUAACACACGAAACAUAGAAGCCUUUUUAGAUAAUUAUGGAUCCUUGGCCCCCAAAAGAUACAAGUAUUCUGAUCUUAAAAGCAUGACAAAAUCUUUUCAUGAGAAACUAGGGGCUGGUGGAUACGGAAGUGUGUUUAAAGGUACACUUCGAGAUGGUCGUUUGGUGGCUGUGAAGAUGUUGAUGAGCGAGUCCAAAGAGAAUGGUGCAGAAUUCAUGAAUGAAGUCGCAAGCAUCGGUAGGACGUCGCAUGUUAACAUUGUUAGUCUGCUUGGCUUUUGUUUAGAUGGUCACAGAAGAGCUCUGAUUUAUGAAUUCAUGGCCAAUGGAUCUCUGGAGAAGUACAUCUUUUCGGAUAAGCCAAAGGCAACUCUUCCUUGGGGCAAAUUAUUUCAAGUAGCAGUUGGCGUCGCGCGGGGGCUCGAGUACUUGCAUCGUGGAUGCAACUCUCGCAUAGUACAUUUUGACAUCAAGCCUCACAACAUUCUACUGGAUGAGGAUUUUUCCCCCAAGAUAUCUGACUUUGGCUUAGCUAGAUUGUGCUCUCAGAAGGAAUCCAUAGUCUCGGUGGCAGAUGCAAGAGGAACCGCAGGGUACAUUGCACCAGAAGUGUUCUGUAGGAGUGUAGGAGUGGCUUCAACCAAAUCCGAUGUCUACAGUUACGGAAUGAUGAUCCUGGAAAUGGUUGGAGGAAGAAAGAAUGUAAAAGCACACGCAGAUAGGACCAGUGAGGUGUACUUUCCUCACUGGGUUUACGAGCAUGUCGAUCGAGGUGGAGAUCUUCGAGCUUAUGACGUGACAGCUGAAACAGGGGAAAUCGCAAGGAAGAUGAUAUUAGUCGGAUUGUGGUGCAUACAGAUGGUGCCAGCGAAUCGUCCUUCGAUGAGCAGGGUUGUAGAAAUGUUGGAAGGAAGAAUCAGCGACAUAGAAAAGCCACCAAAACCAUAUCUUUCUUCUCCACCUGGAUCGGUCGUCAACACUUCAUCCUAGUCUAAACCAGAAGAGGAAAUUGGUUUCCUUUGUCUUGUGAUGUUCUUGUGUACAUCCGAUCUCCUAGAGGUUUAAACUUGUGAGGUUUCUGAUGAAUUAGA